AUGGCAUCAGCAUCUUUCCGAGACCAAAUGAAUGCCCUAGGCUGGUCCAGGCGCGGACAGGAUGAGCCGGUCAACACAUCCCAGCAGAGCGGCCUUCUAACGUCGAUCAAGUCACUGAAUCCCUUUGGCGACCGUGGCUACGUGCGCCUUCCUACGACGGAGGGCGCCGGCGCUCCACUCCCGGCAGCCUCGCGACGAGAAGAGGAGGAAGCAUGGUUUGCAUUCCUGUCCCUUAGGCCUUCGAAAUUCGUCAUUCUAUGGACGUUGGGAUCGGCAUUGUUCCUCGCAUCCUUCGCAGCUGUGAUGGGACCAUGGGCCUACGUUCAACACUUGCUGUCCGGGCCACGGCUGCCUUUCACCGGUGCCUACUUUGGAUCCAUAUUUCUUACAUUUUACUUUUCUCUUGGGCUCCACAGCACCAUCCUCACCCUGUUCUCAGCCAUUAUACAGCUUGUAUGUCUUGUGUGGUACCUCGUCAGCUACUUCCCCAUGGGCUCCAGCGGCUUGCGGGUCGCCUCGAGCUUUGGCGCAAGGAGAGCUGCCGCCUGGGUGACUGGAUGA